GAUUACGUCAAUCAGUAUGUUGUUUUUUUCCUUCCCGGUAUAUUCAAAUACCUGUUUUUAAACGGUACAUUCGGAAGUAUCUCGGUUUUAAUGUUCACAAGGUGUUUUUUCAUACCUGCCACGGUGGAAAUGUAUGGUGUAAAACAAUACUGAUCGGAUAUAUACACGUGCAGGGAUGUAGAAAGUCUCAUAUUUUUCUUUUAUCACAAAAGAUUAAAAAAAAAUAUGGGUUCAUUUAUAUCCAAAUUAACGAAAGUAUUCGAGUCUUUUUCUCCAGGAUCACGGGCUAGAAUAAUUAUGCUUGGUUUAGAUAAUUCAGGUAAAACGACGAUUUUAUACAAACUCAAACUGAAUGAACAUAUAAGGGAUAUACCUACUGUAGGAUUCAAUGUAGAGACGCUGUCCCCUGUUAAGGGCGUGACCUUUACUGUGUUUGAUGUGGGGGGUCAGGAGAGGCUACGAUCACUUUGGAGACACUACUACCAGGGGUCAGAAGGUUUAGUGUAUGUGGUGGAUAGUAACGACAGAGAAAGAAUAGAAGAAUCACGCAAAGAAUUGUUUGGAAUUCUACAAGAUGACGACAUGAAUGGAGUCCCAGUGGUGAUCAUUGCUAACAAACAAGAUCUUCCAAACGCAAUAAGAACUCCAGAGAUGACAGAAAUGAUGUGUUUGCACAAACUGACGUCAAGAAAAUGGUUCAUCCAAUCAGCUGUUGCAACAACGGGAGAAGGAAUCUACGAGUCAAUGAAAGAAUUAUCAGCUAUGGUCAAGGACUUCAAAAAGAACGCAAAUAAAUCCUGAUCAUUACAUGCAUGCAUACCUUCAUAAAAUCACUACAGCAUCAUCUGUUCAAACCUAACCAAGCUUAAAAAUGCCAUCUGGAAUUCAAUAAACUAUACACAUUACCAACAGUGUUUAUUAUGGCUUAAUUUUCUUAUUAUUUACUAUUUACUACAUUUAUGUAGAAUAUUAAUUUUUUAUUUAGAUUUCAAUGUAGAUUUCAUAUAUUUCGCUGAGAAAAUAUGUAAUGCACACACAACAACAGUCAUGUUCAAAGCCUACUGUAUAAGUCAUACCAUUUAGGUGUAAGAUAACAUAGGGCUGAAAUGUGUUAGAGGUAGGACGUAAAGACUGAGUACCCUGAGCGGCUGGGUAGGAUCUUUGAAUCAGAAAUUGCCGAGAAAAUCUUGUUUGUACUUCUGAAUUGUUCUGCGAUGAUAAAUAUCUUGACAUACCUGGUAUCACUUUUUGAAACAUAAUGAUUUAAGUCUACUUUGUUUUUUCCCUUUAAUAUGUAUUGAAUUAGCAGUCUUGUAAAC